GAAUAUGCGUAGAAUGACAUGAACGCCAAAAAGGCAACCGUAGAAGCAGAGGAGGCAAAUUGUGAUAGAAAACGUACUGAGUGGAAAUGAGAAGUCGUAAGAAAAUUUGUGAAAAUUCAAAUCCUGCGAAUUUUCAUGCAAAAAAAAAUUAUUGAAUAAAUUCUAGAAAUGCGAAAAACUUUAAAAAAUACAAGUUGUUUGAAAAAAAUAGCAAAUUAAAUGCAGCAUAUAACCAAAAAGUCGAGCCGCAGCAAAAUUUUCGUUGGCCGAAAAUUGCGACAAUGAAGAAGCUGUGAGUCGCACAAACUACAGUAAGAAAAUUCAAAGAUUUAUUCCAAUGAAACUGCAACACCUGAGCAGAAAAAUAUAAAAAAGUCGUAUCAAAUUUAAAUGAAAUAAUCAAUUGAAAAGUGACAAAAUAUACUUUUCCAGCAAAAGGUCGAAAAAAGUGUCAGAAAAAAGACGUGCGGUUUAAAAAAGUGAAACGUCAGAGCGUAUGUGAAGUGAAAAAUCGGUCUAAGGGAAGCUCGACAAAUAGUGCGACACUUACGCUUUUUUGCAGGAUAGUCUAAAUCAUUGCAAAAAUAUUGAAUCAAUUAUAGUAUGCCUAGCUGGAUUGAUAAUUUAUGUAAAUAUUAAAACGCUAAAUUAAAGGAAUUUCACGAAAUGAGUUAACAGCCGCUGAUAAAUCAAAAUCAAGCAGCACCGCAAGCAAAGUUCACAAGCGACGCAAAUAUAAGACAGCUGUUCUUAAAUUUAAUCAAAUAUUUUGGCAAAAGCCAUAAAUGAAUUUCAAUCCCAGAUGGUGAUUUAAAUAGUAAAAACUUUACAUAUUUUAUCGGCAAGAGGAUUAAAUAUUUUCUGCGAAGUAUUACCCCAUCACAACCACACACCAAGUUCUCGGUUGAUGCGAUCGGCUGAGUUACGUGAAAUUUUCAAUAUAUUAUUAACCACGUCAAGAACUUAGUGCCGAAGUCCAGAAGGAUUUCUGCAGCUGCAGCUGCUAAAGCAGCACAGUACGUUAGACGGGCCUUACUACGCUAAACGUUAUUCGCACAGAGAUAAUGUUUAAACCAAUCAAGAAUUUCAUCAAUUAUAUUCAGAAGAAUGCAAAUGGCAGUGCGAUAUUUGGCAGCACUACGUCAAUAGCCGACAGCAAAACCGAACCAGGUGCCGAAGAGAUUGUCACCGAAUCAACAAAAAAUAUUCGUGUCGAAAGUGAAGCGACACGAGAGCAAAGUGCGAGUGCGAAAGACGGUCGUGUAGUGGAGACAUCAGUGGUUUCUAAACUUUUGAAUGAACAAAUAGAGAACAAAAACAUGAAGCGUAUAGAAGUGAAUAAAUUAAGUGUUAUUAAUUGUAAAAAUGCAACCGUAGAAGUGAUUAACGGUAAUGAGCCGAAGGGUAUUGCAGUUUAUGAUGGUGACGAUUGUGAUGCCGACGAUGACAUUGAAAUGCAGAUAAAGAGCAGCGUUAUGCUGCGGCCACCAUUAAAACGUGCCGGUUCUUUGGUGGAAAAUCUAACGGAUGAAGUUGAUGGUGAGUUGGAGGACGUGCAAUCGCAAGGUUCCUUACAUGAAUACAAUGAUGCCAUCGGUAUUGAUUCACAAGAUGAAUAUGAGGAGUAUCAACAAGAAGGUUCAGUGGCAGUUUCACUGCUCAGCGAGGAUAGAGCAACCAUUGGGGGAGAGGAUACAGCUGACGAAGAAUUUAACACUGAAGAAGAGGACGCUGGAGACAUAUUUCUAGAAUUACCAAGUGAUCAAGAGCAACGUUUCGAAGACAGCGAAAUAAUCGUGCUAAACGAUGGCGACAUAAACUCUUCAACUGUGUCCGAUGUGAACUCAGAAGAUCCAUUAGCCAUCGAUGACUUCACACAACCAUCGAAUUCGGGCAUUAAGGAUAUGUCGAAUCCUUUGGAUUCCUCCACUAAUGAUGAGGCCUCCACCAGCGCCGAUUUACUAUGGAUUACUAUAGACGACCUAAAGACAAAUACUAUAACGCCAAAUGCAGAAAAAGACUUACCAAGUGAUGCACGUAUAAUUACGCCUACAAGCACACCACAGCGCCUGCUGCCCACUACGACGCUGGACAAAGAGAAAUGCAAUAGCGCACUCGCUGCCAGUAGUAGUACUGGUACGGCAAAGCUAAACAACCAACGUGAUGAAAAUGCCGAAGAGUUGCGUAGCGACGGCUCCGACUCGGGGCUGGGCAGUGAAACAUCGACGCUGCAGACAACGCUGAACAGUCUGGCCGACACCAGCCAGUUGACGGCGCCCAACGACAGCAGUGCCGUCAAUACGCCCACAGUUAACAGAUCAAAAGUAAUUACGAAUAAUGCUUGCAACAGUAGCGGCAACAGUGGCAUUGAUGCUGCCAAUGUAACAUUCGUAGACGGUGCGAGAUCCAACUCCAGCGCUAUUGUGCCUGUUGCUGUUAGCGCCGCCAUGCCACCACUAGCGUUAGCGAAACCACUGCGUUCGAAUUUGAAACGACGACUCGAGGAGGACGAUGCACUCAUCGACGCGGCACACGAAACCCAGUUGGCUACCACCAGCGUCGGUACCCAAGUUAAAAAGCUGAAGCGCUCGAUUAAUUUCGAAAAUGUGCAAGUUUACUACUUUCCACGGCAACAGGGUUUCGGUUGUGUGCCCUCGGCGGGCGGUUGUACGCUGGGCAUGGGCGCACGUCACAUCGGCUUCAAAACGCUUACAUUGGCCGAACAUGCCGCCGAAUUGCGACGUGCACAUCGCUUGCAGCUGCAGGAGAUCAAUCCACGCGGUUCAUCGAGCGAUGACAGCGAAGAGUCCGAAGAGGAUUACUUAAGUGAGGGUAGCGGCUCCGAUUUGGAUGCCGAGUCGAAUGGUUUUCUGCAACCGGUAUCGCCGAAGCAGCGGCGCGCAUUACUCAAAGCGGCUGGUGUGCGCAAAAUCGAUGCUGCCGAGAAAAUCGAAUGCCGCGACAUACGCAACUCGCGUGAAGUGUGCGGCUGCGCUUGUGUGGAAUUCUGUGAUCCGGAGACUUGUGCCUGCAGUCAAGCGGGCAUCAAAUGUCAGGUUGAUCGCGCCAUGUUUCCCUGCGGUUGCACGCGUGACGCUUGCCUCAACACAGUGGGCCGUGUUGAAUUCAAUCCGACGCGCGUACGCACACACUUCAUACACACCAUUAUGCGUUUGGAAAUGGAGAAUCGCCAACAACAGAAUCCACCACUCUGCAGCACGAUGAGCAGUUACAGCUUGUCAGCCGCCUGCGCUACCACCGCCACCGUUGUGGGUCCACACACCAACGCCCUACCGCCGACGCCAUCGUACGCCAAUACGCUACCGGGCAGCUAUUAUGCCAUGCAAACACAAUCAAAUUAUAGUUCGGGUUACGCAUCGCCCGCAUAUCCAAGUGAACCGGCUGCCAAUUACUAUCAGCAACAAAGCACCGCUACAGCCACCCAUUACAGCGCAGUAAGCUCUAGCGAUUUGCAAACGACCGCAGAACAACAACAACAACAACAAAGUUUUCAAUUAGACACGUUGGAUGCGGGUCUAUUCGCGGGCAGCGCGUCGACCGCCACAGCGUAUGGCGAAAUGAUGCCAGCUUACAGCAGUGCGGUUGGUGUGUCGGCCAGCACCGCCACAGUGAGCGCUUAUCACCAGAAUGUGAACUAUUCAACACAGGUCUCCACCUACACUGCCUAUCAGCAAACUACAAGCGCUGGCGGCUACCUACCGCAGCACAACCAGCAAAGCGCCACCGUGGCAGCUCCAGCGCCAGCACAAUCAACGCUAGCGUCACCACCCACGACCUACAGCUCUUGCGCCGUACCAUCGUUGCCACCCUACGGCACCGCUACCACAACCGCAGCAGCAGCGCAGUAUCAAGACACGAGCACCUAUGCGCUUGUCGAUACCACAGCGCCCAGCUGCAUUAGCAUGGAGGACAGCGGCGGCAGCGAAAUGGGUAGCGACGCAGAAGUCGUGCGCGGCGCCAACCACAUCAGCAACGCCACGAAAGGCAGCACCAGCAUCAUCAGCACCAACAGCACAAUCACAAUCGCUACAACCAACAACAACAAUAAUACUUCCUGCAGCAAAAGCGCCACGAAUACGCACAUCCCAGGUGCUGAGGAUUGCGAAAGCGCCAGCAAAAGCGACAUUAGCGCAGACAGCGACAGCAAUUUCAUACAACUCAGCACACCGAUUUCCAGUGCAACACGUCUAUCACAAAUCAAUGAUCUAUUACAACACAAUCGCCAUACAACCGCCACACUGGUGUCCGUCUCACACACAAGGUGUUUGAGCGCAAACGGUGGCACCAACACCGUCGUCAGCAGCCGCACCGUCACUACCGAUUGUGAUUACAGCGACGGCAAUAGUCAAGACGCGUUAAAAAGCGAGACAUUAGUCGAGGUGAAGGCCGAAAAGUUGGAAGUCGCAAUACAAACAAAAACAACGCAAGCCACAAACUCAGUCGAAUCGACGAAAAGUGACGCCACAAAUGCAACACCCAAACCAAGCGUGGAGCCCGAUAAACCGGAAACGUUGGAAGCACCACAAAACGCAGCAAACGCAAGCCAUAAUGUCGUAGAAGACACAGACAUACCGAUAGGUGUUGGUGCCGAUAGCACUGCUGCAACAAGCCACAACACGGACGAGGUUACUAAAACGCUUAGUCAAGCGGUUGCUUCGAACGGCAUUGGUAGCGCAGAUAGCGACGCUGGGCAAUCAGAGAACGGCACUAUUGUGACUGCAACUACAGUCUGAGCUGCUGUGACGAUUGCAGGCGAACUUCAUUUGGUCAGCAAUUAAGAAGCGGCGGAAGGCGGUGUCAACACAAACAUAAAGACACUCAGCAAUCAGAUGCUUUGCAGGCACUCACAACUCACAAUCACAUCCCUGCGUACACCCGCGCCAGCGCCGCGCUUUCCGCGUCACUCUUAGCAAUUUUUAAGACAAGACUUGAUUUCUAUUAGCCUCUAGUUGUGGUAAGCGUAAAACGGUAUGAGGAAAAGUACAUUGGCAGCGUAUGAAACGAAAGCAAAAGAAAAUAAUAUAAAAUAAAAAAAAUGUAAGCGGAUUUUCGCAAGUGAAUUAUGUCGCUAUCGAACGUUAAAAUUGAAAUCACACAUAUAUAUAUGAAAAAUAAUUACAAAAAAAAGUAAAAGCAAGAAACAAUUAUACUUAUAAGCUAAGCUGACUAGCAGCCGAAAUGAAUGAAUGAAUUUUUUGUAGCCAAGCAGCAAUCUGCUUCGAUAAGUAAUGUUAAGUUUUUCUUCUUUGUUGCACUCACUACUCACGAGAUAACUUAUGUAUAGAAUUUGUAUAAAAAACAACAAGAGACACACACACUAUCACAUACACGCAAUUAGUAAUUUCCACCACAGCAUUAACAGUUUGAAUUAUACUUGUAGUAUGUACAUACAUACAUACCUAUAUAAUAUAUACUAUAGUGUUAAUUAAUGUAUCAUAUAUAAUAUACAUAUAAUUAUAUAAACAAGUUCAUAUUCCUUUUUAAAUUAUGGCUAAUAAAUGAAAAUACUACUAUCUAUACUAUUAUGCAUAUGUGUGUUAAAGCAAUGUGUGUGUGGUUAUAUAACCUCCCUCAA